UGCCUCGUGGUUGAAAUUGUCAAAUUCAUUUCAACUGUAUUGCAUUGUUACGAGUUAUGAAUCAAGCAAAAACAUUUUAAAAUUAUGGAUUUGUUCACGGUUGAUACGAUUGGAGAACAAAAUCUUCUUGAUAAAGUCGAAUACGACAAUACGGAAGUAUUAUAUUCAAACAGUAAAAGUGUAAAUGAUCAAAAUACCGAUGACGAAGAAGAAGAUACCAAAGCUGUGGAGAAGAAUUACGAUUAUCACAAUGAAGAGGAUGACGAAGAUUACGAUUAUGGCGGAAUUCCACCACCACCGGUAGAUAUCAUUAGUAUUUUGAAGAAACCUGCGCUAUUUAACAAACCACUUUACGACAAUGAUGAAUGCAGCUUGAAUCAAAAAGACGAAGAAAGUGAUUUAGAUGCAUUCUGUAAGGCCAUGGGGUGGACAAAUAUAAAUGGUGUUUUACCAGUGAAACCGGACAAAAAACCAAAACGACAAUGGCAAACAGAGGAAUUCGAUUUAACCGAUGUUCACAAGGAUUUGACAAAGACAAAUGUUGAAAAGGAGAUGAGUACCAACGUUCUAAAAGGUAUCCAGGCCAAGAGAGAGGUGAAAGUUUUGUCAGAACGUGAAGCACAUCGUCAAAGAAAGGCCGAAGCAUCAAAAACAAAAGGCAAAGAUUGGUUCAAUAUACCAGCUACCGAAGUCACCGACGAACUACGUCAAGAUUUGGAAGUUAUCCAAAUGCGUUCUGUAUUAAAUCCGACACAUUUUUACAAAAAGAACGAUUUAAAGACAUUGCCAAAAUACUUUCAAGUUGGUACUGUGUUGCCAUCACCUUUGGAUAAAUACAAUGAUCGUGGUGAACGAGUGAGCAAGAAGAAGUCGCUGGUCGAUGAAUUGUUGGAGGAUGCUGAAUUUCAGCGAUACAACAAACGAAAAUAUCAAGAAGUUUUGGCCGAAAAGAGAAAUACUGGUUUUAAGAAAGCAUAUAAAAAAAUGAAAAAAUUAAAGAAGAAAUCUUAAUAAAAUAUAAAAAAUAUAUCUCUCGAUUUUUACCAAAAAAAACUACCACUUGGUUAUUUUUAAUCUA